CGUCUAUUGUAUUGCUGCUUCCCGAAGUGAAUGCCGUGUUGGGUUGCUUUUUGUGCCCCAGAGUGGAGUCCGGGAUUGGUUGAAAAAGACGGUGGAAACUUUGAAAUUUUAUGGUUUGAUUCUUUCGUCCUCGAUAGAAAUUCAUGUUUCGAGUUUCUUCAUGUUUCGAUUUACAAAAAUAGUUUCAGAAACAAAGUCCAACAUGAAACAAUGUGAAAUAAGUCUUAUUUGGGACACCCUAAUUUGAAGGUGUUGCAACCACAAAGAGCUCCACAAAGCGUCUGGCCCAAGCAAGUGAUAGAUUCAUAUCUUACUUUUGAUACGGUACCUACCAACAAGAUGCUUCGAGGGUCCAGGAACCUCUUGGGAAGGUAUGGUGGUGUCCCCAUGGCCGCCAACACCACCACCACAAGUCCAUUCUCCUUAAUAUUGCCAUCCACCCCCACCACCACCACCAUUCGCUACAAGCACUCGCAUCGACAAAUCAAGCGCUUUCAAAACCAUCCGGCUCGAUUGAGGGUCGAAAAACGAAUGGGAAUUGAUCGAACGCCCCUUCCCAUGGAUCCACCCAAAUAUCCACCCGUAUUGGAACCCAUCUUUUUGCCCAAUGGAUGGUCGCCUCCGCCCCAACAAACACCAGACUAUCCCUUUGGCGUCGCCCGCACCAAAAAUAAACCACACGAUGCCAUUGGGUUCUUGCCCGUAUAUUCCAAUUUCCGCAAGGACGGGGCCAGGGUAACCACUCGCGUCAAAAAGGUCACGGGUGAUCGAGACUUGUUCAUUCGAGAAUUGCGGUCUGUAUUGGAGUUGCCGCCACCCAAAAAUGGCAAUGCUCGAUUGGAUCCUAUACGAGUGCGAGUGGGAGGUACCAUCGAAGUCAAGGGCAACCGAACACGAGAAAUCAAGGCAUGGUUGGCAGGGCUUGGAUUUUAAAAAUACCGAGUUGUUUAUUCAUGGAUUCUUGUCA